AGGUGAAUUGCCUAUAUCGACGACGAAGAAAGUGCCCAGCGACAUCCGCUAUAGUCUCAGUUGAAUCUCCGAAGCACCGAAGGUGAUCGCAUCGCCGUGAUAUCGUUCAAAUUCAUUUCAACUUUCAGUUUCACCAAUGUUUCAACGAUGCAUCGUCUGUUGUCCAUCUUUAAACCUGCGCUGGCUUGCCGGUGGUUUUGUCGGAGCACUCCUGAUCAUCUGUUAUCAACUGAGUGCAUCCGUUGAUCAACAACUGCUGUUGACGUAUAAAGAAUUCCUUCAGCAACAGGUUAUUUCGAUGGUCGACAACUUGUCUCCACCACCACCAGCAACCCCAAUACAGAUUGACAAAAAGUUCAUCAUUCUCUACUGGACGAAAUAUUAUCAUUUCCUUGAUUUCGGCAAUAUCGGACUCGGUGGGAAGCCCUUCGUCACCUGCGAUCGUGUAGGUAUCAACAGCGGCUGCAUGGCGACCACCGAUCGAAAUUUGCUCAACGAAAGCGACGCCGUCAUCUUUCACUUUCGCACCAUCAACGUGAGCGACAUGCCUCCGCCGGAAUGGAGACGUCCUCAACAGCAUUUCAUCUUCUUUGAAGUCGAAUCGCCUGUUCACACCUACCUACCCGCCCUGCGAUGGCCAUCGCUGAAAAGCUAUUUCAACCGAACCAUGACGUAUCGGCGUGACUCUGACGUCGUCUAUCUCCAAACUCACGGCCGACUGAGGUGCAUCAACGAGUCAUCGUCCUGCGUCGACUUCCCGCUGGCCGCCAAGUCAAACAUUCGAAUCGAUUCCGAUCCGGCGGAUCGAUUCCCUGUCAAUCUGACGCUGAAAAACCGAACGGCCGCUUGGUUCGUUUCCAACUGCCAUUCCGACGGAGUUGGGGGAUCGUGGCGUGAAUUUCUGGUGCGCAAUUUGUCACAAUUCAUUCCGGUGGACGUUUACGGUGGAUGCGCUACGGAGGAAGCGAAGAAAUGCCCCAAUCGACCCGCUUGCAACCCGAUGCUCGGUCAAUAUUAUCGAUUCUAUUUGUGUUUCGAAAAUUCACUGUGUCCGGAUUACGUCACGGAGAAAUGCUAUCGGCCCAUGGCGUACGACACGGUGCCAGUGGUUUACGGCGGAUCCGAUUAUUCCCUAUAUUUUCCGGCCGGAUCCUACAUCAACGCCUUAGAUUUCGACAGUCCCGAGAGUCUGGCGAAUCAUCUCAAGAAAUUGAUGACCGACGACGAGCUGUACCUGAGUUACUUUCGCUGGAGAAGGAAGUAUGUGGUCGAUUUGGCACCUAUAGAUUCGUGGUGUCAGCUGUGUCAGAUGCUGAGAGAUCCGGAGCCCAAAAUGUAUGAUGACAUUGGCGCCUGGUGGUCCGGCGAGACGAUCAAUCAAACCUGUUUGAUGAAACCACCCAAAUCUCUUGUCAAUGUUACUUAAUGUUAUUCAAUUUUUGUGGGGUAUUAAAUUUACUGGUGAGUUUAUUUCAUGGUGAAUAUUUCAGAAAUCAAUGCGGUUUGCAGGUUUUGGGGUCUGAUUGAUAAUAAAGUUAAGCAGCCAGUCCUUUUCAUAUAAACUUUGAACUUAAAUAUUAGGGAAAACUUUCAAUAAUUUAAUUUCUAUCCUAUUU